CCUGGGCCGCCGCGGCCGCCGCUAACAUGGCCGAGACGAGCGAGGAGGUGGCCGUGCUGGUGCAGCGGGUGGUGAAGGACAUCACCAACGCCUUCAGGAGGAACCCGCACAUAGAUGAAAUUGGCCUGAUCCCAUGUCCUGAAGCUAGGUAUAACCGGAGUCCCAUAGUCCUGGUUGAAAACAAACUUGGUGUGGAGAGCUGGUGUGUCAAGUUCCUUUUACCGUAUGUCCACAACAAGCUCCUUUUGUACAGAACAAGAAAGCAAUGGCUGAACAAAGAUGAAUUGAUAGAUGUCACAUGCACCCUGCUGCUUCUAAACCCAGACUUUACCACUGCAUGGAACGUGAGAAAAGAGCUGAUCCUCUCUGGCACUUUAAAUCCAAUUAAGGACUUACAUCUGGGAAAACUGGCCUUAACUAAGUUUCCAAAGAGUCCAGAAACAUGGAUUCAUAGGCGAUGGGUGCUGCAACAGCUAAAUCAAGAAACCUCCUUGCCUUCCUUUGUGACCAAAGGAAACUUGGGAACAAUUCCUGCAGAAGGGACGCAGCGACUAAUACGAGAAGAGAUGGAGGUCUGUGGUGAAGCAGCAGGGAGAUACCCAAGCAACUAUAAUGCCUGGUCCCAUCGCAUCUGGGUUUUACAACACCUGGCCAAGCUAGACGUCAAGAUUCUUCUUGAGGAACUAUCUUCUACUAAACAGUGGGCAUCCAUGCAUGUUUCAGACCACAGCGGAUUUCACUACCGCCAGUUUUUGUUAAAGUCUUUGAUUAGCCAAACUGUGAUAGAUGGUUCUGUAUUGGAGCAAAACGCUUUGAGAAGUGAGCCAGCCUCAGUUCUUCCAAAAGAUGAAGCAGCAGCAGCCUCAACAGAAGAACCAAGGAUAAAUCUUCCCCAUCUUCUAGAAGAAGAAGUUGAAUUCAGCACUGAUCUUAUUGAUUCCUACCCAGGACAUGAAACCCUUUGGUGUCAUAGGAGGCAUGUUUUCUACCUUCAGCAUCACUUGAAUGGUAGGUUUUCUCACAGCGUGACCCAGCUGUCACCUGCAGAUAGCCCUGGGGGGACUUUGAGUGACUUGCACUUCGUCCCAGCAGGCCCCCACACAUCUCAGGCAAUGGAGGUGGAUGGACUGAAUGACUGUAGCAAGCAAGGCUAUUCCCAGGAAACCAAACGCCUGAAGCGGACCCCAGCUCCAGACUCCCUAGGCCUGGAAAUGGAGCACAGGUUCAUCGAUCAAGUAUUGUCCACCUGCCGGAAUGUAGAGCAGGCCAGGUUUGCCAAUGCAUACAGAAAAUGGCUGGUUACUUUGAGUCAGUGAAAGAGGAUUAGUCCUGCAAGGUUCUCCAUUUAGUGCAAUAUUGCUUUCCGUUCUUAUUUACGUAGUUGCACGAACUGUUUGCUAUUAUUGGCUAACUGUGUUCAUCUUGAGGUUAAAAGUCCAUAGUAAAUCUUUCAUUUUAUUUAUUUUAGUAAGAACUGGCAUUCCUUUGGGGGUAAAAUAAUUGUAUAGUUCCUUCCUACUAAAUAGUGAGUCUUAAUUUUUUUCUUUUUAACUUCUCAUCCUUUAUAUUUCGCUACAUGAGGCUUCUUCUCAUUUGGUUCUCCUGAUUGGUUCAUACACACCCCCACCCGACUGGGUGCAAUUGCUGCGUAGGCUAUUUUUUUUUUUAAUUAAAAAUUUAUGUUGUAGUUCAGCUUAAGAACAAUACAAAUAUAAAAUUACUUGAUCUAAUUGUUGUUUUGAGAAUCAAAUGGCCAGAUGGAUGGAUAUAUGAAAAUACAAACCAUUUCUCUUUCUCUAGCAUGAUCUACUCAAGUUAUAGACCAACAUAACCAAAGUCAGAAGUAUUGGAAUUUAUAUGAAAAACAUGCUUCCAGUGUAAUCCAUUUUUAAAAUGGUUAUUUUAAAAAAAAUUAAUUUUAAGAGUUUGUGUAAUUGCAGUACUGGAAAAUUAUUUUUAUUACUAGUUUUGAUAGAUUUUUUUUAACCUCAAAUUUGGUAUAUGCCAAAAACACUCAAGUCAGCCCUUGUAAAAAUCAAUUUUUUAAAAAAACAUGGAAUGCCAUUUUUAGUUAUUACUGCUUAUUUUCCUUCCAAAUUCACCAUUAAAAAUGAGAGAAAUAUAUAGACAAAAAUACAUAGGAAUGUAUCCAUAAAAAUCUUCCUUUUUAAAAAUUUAAGUUAUGGAGGAUACAUUAGAUACGAACUACAAAAUUUUUAUGAAGUGAUUAUUAAAAGUUUACUGGCAAAAGCCAGGGGGAAAGAAUAGUUUUGAAGGUUAGUUCUUCAGUCUUUAUUUUAAAAAAUAAAAUAAUUUAAAAACUUUGAUAGUAAACUUAUCAGGGAUGAGGUACCAAAGUAUCCACCUUAUAGCUGUAUCUUCUUUUCACUAACAAGGGCUGGGUUUUUCAGGUCAGUGAGGCAGGGGUGAGGAAAGGGCCAAGUAAUGUCUACUUUCUUAAUAUAUUCCCCCUUCAUAAAUGGUUUGCAUUUCUUUUUUCCACAUCCCUUUCUCUUUAUUUUCCCAAUUGUUCCAUAUUUUCUGUCACUUUCACUUUGUAUAUUUUUCCUUAUCUGUCUUAUUUCAGGGAUGUGUACUAAACAUAUUCUCCUCCCUAUUUCCAGUGAAUUCCAUACCCCAUUAAAGAUACACACACACACACACACACACACACACGAAAUAUGAAUAUGAACUGCCCCUCUGAAAGUUCCCCUAAUGAUGGAACCUGUCUGUUGUCCUGUGUGUGUGCAGAAUGUGAGGAACAGUGGCAGAAACAAGUGUGACCACCGUGCUUUGCCUGUUGUCCUUUUUACUUUCCUGGUCACCUAUGGAAUGAGAAGACAAAGGUAGGGAAAGGCAGACUUCUCCUCUCUCACUAUUAUGGAAACCCUGGCCUUGAGUGAGAUGCAUUGUCUUAAGGGAAAAGAAUAGGUCCUUUACUAAUGCAUCGUGAUGUUGUUGAGUGGCAAACUGUUGAGUGAGACUUAAGAACACUAGGAAUAUUGUCCAGCCUUGCCCUUGUAGACAGAAGCUGCUCUUCUCUCUUGGGGCAAAAGGUACCCUUUUAUAGCUUUUAUAAUAUUUCAGUGAGAAAAUAAUUGCCCUUAUGAACAUAAUUCCAUGGCCCUUUGUGUACAAAACAUUUUGAAUAAAAUACCUCAAGGUCUACCUAGACCUUUAUGAAUAAAACCAUUAGUUUGUGAUUUCUCAGCACCUGCAGGGAUUGGGAGAGGAAUACACAGAGAUGACACGGGAGAGUCGCCCAUUCCACUAAUAUGUAUUGCCAAAUUCUGGCCUCACUGAGUAUUACCUUUUUUUCCAAGCAUCAUUUUAAGUAUCCCAAGUAAUAGGGCUUCUUAUGCUUUGAUGUGAAAGUGUCAGAACAUGAGUAUAGAUAAUUCUCAGUGAAACAUCAGCUAAAUUUUAUAGUGCUUCAUGCUUUUUUAUACCUUCCACAGAGUCUCUUGCCCAUCUUUGAUGUUAACUGUCUCCAUGUGUUUUAAGGCUCUUAACCCCCCCCUUUCUGAAGCCAUGCAAUCCUUUAAUAUAUCUUAGUCUCUUGUCUUCCUAAUAAAGUUUUAAGUAGGGAGUGAAAAUACAGAUAUCCAAAGGAUACUGUUUGUAUGUGACUUUUGUGUGCUACUUUAUUUCUACAAUUUGCAUUUUUGAGGUGUUCAUUCACAGAAAAACCUAGUAUUGCCCUAUAUGGUUGUGUUUUUUCCCCUAAAUGGUUGACUUCUAAACUCACUAGCGCUAGCAUGAUAAUAUCUCUUUGACUGAAUGAGCUCAUGCAGUGGAAAGGAUGUGUCUAUUUUCAGGGACUUGCUAGUCUUCACUUUUUUUCCUAUAUAUAUCGUUGCUAAAAGGAAAAGAUGGUUUUGAUUGACACACAUUUCAUCAAACUUUCACUGGAAUAAUAGUAGGCUGUCGUACCAUCCUGUGGAUCAAGACUACUACUGACAAGCAAAAAGCAAUAAGAACUGUAAAUAUCUGCACCACCUCCCCCUCCCCACCUUUUUUUUAGAACCUAUUUUGGUAAUAUGGUGUUCCCAGAUUCUGUUGUGUGCCUUGCACAUUGUGAGGCCUCAUUAAUUAUUUAUUAAAUUAAUGAAUGAUUAACUGAAGAAGGGAAAUAUUGAUCAUGAGUGAUGGAUAGAGAGUUAUGAUUGAGAAAUUGAUGGAGUAGAGCAAUGGAUUGUGAAUGAAUGAUGUAUUCUAGCUUCAUGAUACUUCAGGGAGGCUAUGGCAUAUAGAAUAAGUCAAUUUAGAUUUUUUUUUCUUUAUUUAACUACCUUGUUUAAACUUGUAGAUCCCAGCCAAGAAAUGCAGUUAGCUGUAUAAUUAGCGAUUAACUGUACUUUAAUAUAUAUUAAAAAUUCCUAGAACUGAUGAAGCCUGUUUGCAUUAAAAACACUACUUAGUGUUCAUUUAUGAUGUUGGAGCAUAGAUCCUGCUAACACAGCCAGAGCCGCUUUGGGAGACCUGAAGAAGUUCUUUGAUUUCAAAAACUUGUUGAUCUGUGUCUGUGCUGGAAUAGUCAUUUUAUGCUUCUCCUUUCCCCUCCCCUGACUCGAACUGUGGGCCUUUUAGAUAAACCUGUGUAAGUCAUUUUUUAAACUUAAGGAUUGAUACCUAUUAAUGUCUCCUUUUUAUUUUCUAGGUGUUAGCAUUUUAUUACCUCUUGGGAAACUCUGGGCCCAGACUUUCAGUCAUAUUUCUUAUUCCUAAUGGUACGGUUCUAGUUUAAAUUAAAGGCUUCAUUAUUAAUAGGAUUAAAUGUAUACAGGUUGUCACUAAAAGCCACUUAAAUCUUUAGAUAAGGGCUUAUGUGGAAACAAAAGUUCUUGGAUUUCUAUGUGGCAUUUUGUAAGAAAGCAUAUAUGAUGGUAGACUUGGUGUCAUUUAGAUAUAUUCAAGUCAUGUCUAUUCAUGCCUGUUGAGACACACACGUGUGUGUGUGUAAAGAGAACUUUUAAUAUUGUUGAGAACAAAUGGUCAGUCUAGUGAUUUUUCUCUCAUAUAGCGCAAGAUGAUAUCUGACACAGGGGCUAAAUACACUUUAGGAGUGUAACUACCACUUGCCAUACAACAAUCUAAACUCUAUCUUAGUUCCCCUGAAUUACAGAAGAUGCUAAAGAUUUAGUUAUCAAAGAAAGUAACAUAGAAUCUUUUUUUUUUCCAGAAAGGUUUUGUAAGCUUACAGUUAUUUUGUUACUAGAAAAUUAUAUUUUAAAACUUUAAAAUAUUUAUGCCAGAAAGUUUGAACAGCAUUGUAACAACUGAACCUCUUGUCUUCUGAAUAAAUUUCUCAAAUAGAACUGUGCAAACCCUAGCACUGUAUGUGCUGAGCCCUCUGCCACCCCUUACCACCCCCGCUCCCCCGCCACGCCUGGGUAUACUCUGUAAUGUGCUGCUGUCUAAUGGAGAAGUGCAUGGAGGUACGAAGCUUAGGCAGAUUCAGUGUCAUAAAGGCAGUGAGCAGGAAAAAGCAUCACACACUGUCUUUUAAAACAUAACUAUACAUACUGUGUUAAUUUGAGUGCCUUUCUUACUUUUUUGAGGAGCAAGAUUAUAUUUAAGUCUAAUGUUUAGGUAGAAAACAGAGGACAGAAGUAAUUAAACAGUUGAUUGUGACUCAUUUUAUUUAUUCCAAUUGUUAGGCAUGGUCCCAUGGAGUAUUUUAUCCUUUAAUGAGAUACUGAUAUGAGCAGAUCGGAUGCUUUGGUUUGCAUUUCAUUAGUUAACAUUUUUAAGUACGCUACUGAGAAUUAGUUCUUUCUCUGUGACAACUAACUUUUUGUGGGUUGGAGGCAUCACAUUUAGGGGAUGGCACAUGCAUAAUUAAAGAUCAGCCUGAAACCUGUGCAGCCCAUGUUCAAAGGGAAACAGUGGCUCUCUGCCCUAAAAGAAAGGCCGUAUGGUUGUCGUAAAUGAAUCCUUUGCCUCACUUUAAGGACUUUAAGAAUUCCCUCCCAAAUUCAGGCUUGUUUAAGAUAGUUGAAAGGGGAGAAAAAAUGGGGCCUUGAUCCUUGCAAAUUUUGGAGGAAGAGAAGUAAAUACUGAGAUGAAAUUUAAAAUGUGGCAUUUUAUGUAUUGGAGUAUGGAGAGGGGAGGGAUAGGAAUUCCGUAUUUCAAGAUAGCAAAUAAUUUUUAAUUGUAAUUUCAUAAAAAUGUAUAGCUAAAGAUUCCAAAAUGAGAGGACUGUUGAUAUUCCUAAAGGGCAGCAGUAUGUCAUGUUCAUAAUUGAGACAGAAAACCAUUGUGUCAGUUGUGGAUCUGGGGUGGGGGAAACCUCAGGUUCCCAACCUUGACUUUUUUAUUCUCACCAUACAGUGUUAACACUGUAAAACCAAACUCUUUGCUUAAAAUAUAUAAAUAAAUAAAAGAGCAGUGGCUUUGUCUGCUGAUGAAACCUUGUGCUUCCAACAAUAUAAGCUAUAUACACUUUGUGCUUUCUGGACAAUAAUGUAGUCCACAAAGCUAACCCUGGCAUUUCUUUUAUUAGUCUCUUAGGAUAUUCCUCAGGGUAUAGAAUAUUUAGUAAAUUCAGGACAAAAUUUUAUAUCCAGUAGCAAAAAAAGCAAAAAUAUGCUAAAUAUAUUAUUAGCUCUUAAAAUUUUAGUGUAGAUAGUAUUUUUUAUAAACCACUACUCAGUGCGGUAGCUCGUAGACACUCCGUGACUGCCUCCUUGUUCAUCUCACUGCUUCAAUCCCUAUGGCUCUAUUAUGAAUGUUCUCUUAUACAUGUCUCCUAUGGAAAUGAUUUCUGUAUUGUGUUAUUUUCCAUGUUUGGCAGAGGUGGGGAUGUUGUAGUUGACAUCAUUCUCAAUUUUUAGAAGUCCUCUUGAGGAAAAUGGUUACUGUUGGUUUUCAAACUGACAACUAUUUUGCUUCUUAAAACUUCAGUUUCUCUGAAGGAGUGUUUUAUGUGCAGAUCCUGUACAUGUUCAAUACAUUGCAUAAUGCCUUAUACCCUGUAAGAAUUGAACAGGUCAGAAUUGUUAAAGGCUAGAAAGUUGAAACUAGCUUAUCUCUGUCUUACCCCCACUGUCCACAUUCUUAGCUUCAGAAGAAAUACAGUAUUGUGCAUAAGAUACAUAAUCAGGUUCACACAUACAAGGCAAAGAUUAUAAGUGAAAUUUAGAUGAUUUUAAGGCAUAUAUAUGUAUGUACAUGUCUGUGUAUACACAUAUAUGUAUGUAUAUACAUUUAAAUGAGAUUUGGAACUUGAAUUUAUGUAGUGA